AUGAGUUCAUACUUCGUUAAUUCUUUAUCCACGUGCUAUGGACAAACUGUUGGACUAGACAGCUGUUCUGAAGCUAGUUUUCAUAGAAAUGGAAAUUAUCAGCAUUCCGGUACGCUGUACCCGGGUUUCCCGGGUGGAAGGUACCCUUAUCCGUCUAAAGAGGAACGGAUUGAAGACCAAAAUGGCGACUAUUACGGAGCUCCCAGGUUGAGCCAUUUGCCUCACACCAGUCCUUGUUCUUCCCCUCACAACCUCCAUGUCGGAAAUACUAAUUCUCAAAACGUCCAUCAUAUCCCAUCUAGUGAAAGGUCAUCUUGUAAUAUACGGACAAAUUCAAAUAGUAGUGGUUCAUAUUAUCCGAACGGGCAAUUGAGUGGUGGGGUAGAGAGGAACAGAACUACCCCACCCUCACACCAACCCCCACCCACACCUCCGGACCAGCAGCAAUCCCAGGUCUCCCCCCAAUCCGCUACAAACCAGGCACCUCAGUCUCCUCGACCAACGGAUCAGUAUACACCUCCUCAUAUUUACCCCUGGAUGAGGCGGAUGCAGUAUUCACAAGAAACUGCAGAUGGCGAAUCGAAAAGAUCAAGAACAUCAUAUACACGGCACCAGACUCUUGAAUUGGAGAAAGAAUUCCAUUAUAACAAAUACCUCACAAGACGCAGACGAAUUGAAAUUGCGCAUGCGCUGAAUCUCACAGAAAGGCAAAUAAAGAUUUGGUUCCAGAAUCGAAGAAUGAAAUGGAAAAAAGAUCACAAACUCUCUCAUAUAGCCAAAAACAUGAACUUCUGUAACGCACUGGAAAAAGUUUCACAAGAGCGGGAACAUAAAGGGACCUUGUGA